CAGAGGGGUCUUUCCAAUGAAGACACAUGCAUCCUGCAUCUUAAAGGGGUGCAGCAGAACAGCUACUUAUCUCCUAUUCACAGGUUUCUGAUCUCUGGGCGUAAAUUGUUCUUAUGGAACAAACCCUUUAAGCCGCAGAAACCAGAAGCAGAAGCAGAACUAGAAGAGAAGACAGAAGCUCCAGACAAUGAGCAUCGUGCUGCUCCGCACCAUGGGACAGUGCUGGUUUCUGGAACUUUCUGUGACUUGGAUUUUUGGGGUAUCCUUGUGUUUGGGGAUCUUUCCCAACUUUGCUCCAUGUGAGGACCGUAAAAAUGGAACGGUUGUGGGUUGCCGAGGUCGCCACCUGCACUACUUGCCCUGGGUCUCAUCAGGACGAGUCACUGGAUUCGAUCUGUCCGUUAAUGACAUAAGGCGUCUUACAAACAGCUCCUUCUCCGGAGUCCCGAACCUACGGACGCUAGACAUGAGCUCCAACUGCCUGCCCCUGACCCUGCGGCCGGACAUGGGGCCGUGUCAGCUGACCAUCGACCCCGACGCCCUAGUGCACCUGAAGCACUUAUGUGUCCUGGACCUCAGUGGGAACAGCCUGAGCGUCCUGCCUCCGCUCCCCGGAAACAUCACUGAACUGAAUAUUAACCUCAACCACAUCAUCACGUUGUCGGGGCAGGAUCUGGCCGGAGUGACAAAGCUAACAAGUCUGUACUUUGGUUGGAACUGUUAUUACAGAAACCCCUGUGAGACAGAGGUGAAGAUCCAAGAUGACGUCCUCCGAGGCAUGACCACCCUGAAGACACUGGUGCUCUCCUGCAACAACAUGACUGCCUUCCCCAGGAACCUUCCAUCUUCUCUCACCGUCUUGGACUUGUCUCAGAACAAGAUCUCGCGGAUUGUCCGGGACGACUUCUGCCAGUUCAGCCGGCUGAUGGUGCUGGACAUACAGUGGAACUGUCAGCGUUGCGACCACACUGUGCAGCCGUGCUUCCCCUGCCAUAAUAACAGUGCCCUGCAGCUGGGGCCGGGGGUGUUCGACUGCCUGGGGAACCUCUCCAGCCUCAACCUCAAAGGGAACUCAAUUCUCACCAUCAACGACUCCAUCUUCGAAGGGAUGAUGAAUCUGCGCAGCCUCGUUCUGGCCGACAACAUCUUAGAUUUAGAGAAGGAAACGUUUUUUUCCCGAUUAGUGAAUGUAAACUCCUUGGAUCUGAGCUACAACUUUCACCCAGAACUAGUCCGCCCGAGGCUGGUGCUGAACCCCAGCGUCUCUGCCAUGCGAUCCCUCCACAGCAUAUCUCUGAUGGGAUAUUUCUUCAAUGUUCUCGAUUAUGAGGGCAUCAAGCCGCUGCUCACGUUGCCAAAUCUUCGAGACGUGAGCCUCAGGACGAACUUCAUCCGGGAGGCCAACCUGAGCAUGUUCCUAAGUCAUAAAGAGCUGCGCGCAUUGUCACUGGCAGAAAACUUGAUCUCAUUCCAAAUAAUCAGUCAACGACAAGAGGGACGGAAGCCAUUCACUGCAGCUCUCUUUAACCGCCAUGUAAAUCCGGAUGCAUCAUGGGAAGAACCAGGGAAUGAUGGAGAACAGGAACGCAGCAGUGGCCCUGACUACUCCCAGUGCUAUGAGUACAACCAUUCAGUCGACUUGUCCUUCAACAACUUAAUGAGUCUGCAGGCCGAUCACUUUUUGGGCAUGGACGAUAUUGAAUGUCUCAACAUGAGCUACAACUUCAUCAACCAACGUCUGGAUGGGACUCAGUUCGCGCACCUGGCAUCUUUGCGGCACUUGGAUCUCUCGUACAACAGAUUUGAUUUGUACUAUUACUUGGCUUUCAGUGAACUUCCGAAUCUUAAAGUGUUAAACCUGGCCAACAACAACUACCAGUUCAUGAUAAACGGCGUCAACCACCGACUUGUCUUCAUGGAGAACCUGACUUCUCUGAUAGAACUGAAUCUCAACAACAAUCUGAUCGGCUUGCGCACGACCAAGGAGCUGAAGAACCCGUCCCUGGAGAAGCUUCACUUCCAGAAGAACCUGCUGCAUAGCAUGUGGCUAAGCGGUAAAGACGCUUAUAUCACCAUCUUCACAAACCUCACACGGUUGAAGUACCUGGAUAUCAGUUAUAACAGUCUGGAGGUCAUCCCGGGGAAGGCCUUGGAGAACCUGCCCAUGUCUCUGGAGUAUCUGAUCCUUUCUUAUAACCAGCUCUACUCAUUUCACUGGGAGAACAUUGCCCACCUCAGCAAUCUGACGCACCUGGACCUCGGCUUCAACUCCUUGACCUUGUUGAGCAGUAACUUCACCAGUGGUAGGAGCCAACUCACCUUCCUAAAUCUGAAGAACAACAAGAUACGCUCCCUCAACAAGGCGUUCUUCACCACCUACUCCAAGCUCGUGCACCUAUUCCUGGAUAAUAACCAGAUACAGACCAUUGACAGGGACAGCUUUCCCCAGGCACUUCUGUUGACGCUCAACCACCUGGACGUCAGCCACAACCCGUUCGAUUGCACCUGUCACACCAGCUGGUUCAUCAAAUUCCUCAUGGAGACGAAUAUUACUGUAGAACACCUGUCUACAAAAAUGAAGUGUGACACCCCGGACACUAUGAAGAAGAGGUCACUCCUCUAUAUGGACCCUCAGUCAUGUCAAGACCUCUAUGGCCAUAAGUGCUUUGUCUACUCCACUGUCCUGCUGAUAGUCCUGAUGUCCCUCACAACAGUUUGGAAGCUCUUUUCAUGGGAUUUGUGGUACCUCAGCCAAGUCAUAAUGGCCUCUAUGCGACGCUACACCAAGCUACAUGGAGACGCUAAUGAAGAGUAUGACGCUUUUGUGGCGUUUAACACGGAGGACCAUGCAGUGACGGACUGGGUCUACCAUGAGCUCCUGGAACAUCUGGAGGGACCUGAAAUGAACAUGUUUAACUUGUGCCUGGAGCAACGGGACUGGACCCCUGGAAAAUCGAGCAUUGAGAACCUGUAUGAAGCAAUAUACAAGAGCAAGAAGACGGUAUUGAUCCUGACUCGUGAGGGCUUCAGCAGCGGCCUCCUGCGCCAUGCUUUCCUUAUGUGCCAUCAAAGGUUACUGGAUGAGAAGGACGUCCUGGUCUUAGUGAUUCUCGACAACAAGAUGAAAAUGUCCAAGUACCUAAUGACCAGGAGGAGGAUCUGCCCUCAGACCUUCCUGAACUGGCCAAGAAACCCCCGAGCACACAGCCAUUUCUGGUACAGUUUACGCAUGAUGCUGCGGUGGGACAGUCGUCGCUACUACAACCCUCACCUCCGGAAACAGCUAAUCCAAUAGUCCGGGCAUGGCCAACCUGCGGCUCUCCAGCUGUUGUAAAACUACAACUCCCACAAUGCCUUGCUGUAAGCUGAUAGCUGUUGGCAGUCUGGGCACGAUGGGAGUUGCAGUUUUGCAACAGCUGGAGGGGCACAGGUUGGCCAUCCAUGCAAUAGUCUGUCUGCUUUGUGAUGUGCGGUGUGUGUCCCUCUGUGAAUGGACCCUAAUAGUGAGUAAGUGGCCCCGACCAUCAAGUCCUGCAGGGACAGGACACUCGCACUUGUUCAUCUCCACAAAGAAUGGCUGGAGCCACCGAUUCUUCUGAAAUUCCAGGAAAUACUUAGGGUACAGCUACAAGGGUGGAUUUUUUGCAGUUGUCGUGUCACGGUAUGUCACAUGGACAGACAUUAUAUGGAAAGUCACCGUGUAGCCGUACCCUCAUGUGAGAGGUGACGAUGACCGCUCUUUCAGGAGUGCACCUAGAGGUCUGUAGGGGGUUCUCUAUAUUCCUGAGACGAGGAUGCUGCAGGGCCAUGGCACCCCCAGCGGAGGACAAAUCCUCUGCAGAGUGGGUACCGACAAAGGUGG